AUGGCCGCAACCUCAGAAAUCGACUACAACGUAGUCAAUCCAGCCAACAAAUGGAAGAUUCUUCGACAGCAAUGGCGAUAUGGUCUCUGGGCUCUCUGGACUUCCAUCGGCUCCAUGAUGCUGGGAUUUGACUAUGUCAUCGGCGCCCAGCUCGCGUCCUUGUCAGAAUUCCAGAAAUACUUUGGCGAAGAGCAAGCAGACGGAACUUGGAUCAUUCCCGCUACCUAUCUCUCAGCAUGGGGCGCCAUCGGGCUAGGAUGCGAUGUCAUUGCCUCGUGGCUUGCUGCGCCGCUGUUGGAAAAAUAUGGACGGAAGCCUCUUAUUCUGUUUUCGGCAUUUGUAUCCGUCGUUGCUAUCAUUUUGCAACAACUGGCUACAAAUUGGAGAGUGCACCUGGCAGGUCGUGCGGUGAAUGGUAUCGCCAUUGGCAUCAUGUUUACCAUAUCGCCGCUUUGGAUCGGAGAGACUUGUCGACCUGAGCUUCGAGGCUUUUGGCUGUGUUUCUUCAACACCAGCAUCAUCUGGGGCCAAAUGCUUGUUGUCAUUGUUGCACGAGCAACUAGUUCACUCGAUACCAAGUGGCAGUGGUGGAUCCCCGUCAUUUGCAUGUACAUCUUUCCAUUAAUGCUCGUCGUCGUAUGGCCCUUCUUCCCCGAAUCGCCCUACUGGCUCGUCCGCGAAGGCAAAUUCGACCAAGCUCGCAAGUCCCUGGAGCGCAUGUACGGCUUCUCCCACCCCGACUUCUACGACAUCGAAAUCCACCGCCUCCAAGAAGAUGUGCGCCUCUGCGAAGAAAUGACGGGCGCUACCAAGGCUAACCGCACCAUCUGGGGAUUCAUUCCCAACCCUGCCGCCGAACUGGAGUGUUUCAACAAGGAGAAUCGCAAGAGAACCCUAACUGCUAUUUGCGCGGCUAGUUCGCAACAAGUCAUUGGCGCGGCGUUUGUCAUCGGAAACGCAACCUACUUCCUGCAACUUAUCGGUGUAAAAGAAUACUUCAACGCCUCUGUUGUUCUCUACGUCAUCAUGCUGCUCUCUUCGGCUGCGGCGUUCCCCCUGAGCGAAAUGAUCGGUCGGCGAACAUUGAUUGUGCCGUCUCAGUUUCUGCUGUGCUUUUUCUUGCUGUUGAUGGGGAUCAUGGGAUGCAUUCCUGACCAGACGAAGGCGGGUUGGGCGAUUGUCGUCUUUAUCUACCUGUGGGCUAUUGUAUACCAGGUCAGCAUCGGUGCUACUGGUUUCGUGCUGGCAAGUGAGGUUGCGACAUUGCGCUUGCGAGCCGUCACACAAGCCUUGGUUACUAUGAGUAAUGGUGUUUGGGGUCUUAUUAUGCAGUUUACUAUUCCAUACAUGAUCAACCCUGAUGCAGGCCACCUAGGCGGCAAAGUCGGCUUCAUCUUUUUCGGUCUCGGUCUCAUCGUUUCAAUCCUCGGUUGGUACUUGUACCCUGAGACAAGGGGUGUUCGGUUUGAGAAGCUGGACGAGCUGUAUGCAAAGGGUGUGAAGCCACGACACUUUAAGAAGCAUGAGCAUGCUACGGAUAUUGACAACCAGAUUGGGGCGAAGGUGGAGGACGUUGAGUCUCAUGUCAAGGGAUAG